GAAGAGCGAGGAUGAAGGAGGCCGAGUGGGGGUGAAGGGGCAGAAGUCUCUAGGGGAAGCCCCCUCCCCCCGUGACAGGGAAAGUGAUGCAAUUAGGAACCCAGCAUGAACAAGGUUCUCCCCCUGUGGUGUAUGUCUUCCACUGUUCAUCACUAGCCGGAGAAGUAUUUCUUGCCCAUCAGACGAAAGGAGGAGCCAUAAGUAGCAGCAGAGAUUAAAAGGAAAGAGAACAAACAGUAGGAGCGGCAUCAGAGGGAGAAUGGAGAAUCCAAUGGCCAGUUCUUCUCCCCCGUCGCAUUUCCCCGACGACGAGGGCUCGAAAGAGAGCAACGAUAUUGUCUCAGCUGGGCUCAAUCACUCGGAAGGGCCUUGCAGCGGCUCGCAGCCUCCCAACAACCCGGAUUUUGCGGAGGAGGGGCUGCAAGCGCCGUUGCCUCGCAGCGAGUCGUCCGGCAAAGCCGAAAAUAGCGAGCCGAGACCUGAGGAGGAGCAAAGAACCAAGAGAGGAGGAUGGUCCAAAGGGCGAAAGAGGAAGAAAACCCCCCGGGACAGCAACGCUCCUAAGUCUCCCUUAACGGGUUAUGUGCGGUUUAUGAACGAGCGGCGGGAGCAGCUCCGAGCCAAGAGACCCGAAGUUCCUUUCCCAGAAAUCACCAGGAUGCUGGGCAAUGAAUGGAGUAAACUCCCUCCGGAGGAGAAACGGCGCUACCUGGACGAAGCCGAUCGAGAUAAAGAGCGCUACAUGCGGGAGCUGGAGCAGUACCACAAAACCGAGGCGUACAAAGUCUUCAGGAAAGCCCAAGACAGGCAGAAAGGCAAAUCGCAUCGGCAAGAAGGAGCACGACAGACUGCCCAUGAGCAUGAGAAGGAAGCCGAGGCCAAGGAACGGUCCGUGUUUGAUAUUCCGAUCUUCACAGAGGAGUUCCUGAACCACAGUAAAGCGCGGGAAGCGGAACUCCGUCAGCUGCGCAAGUCCAACAUGGAGUUUGAGGAGAGGAACGCCGCCCUGCAGAAGCACGUGGAGAGCAUGCGCACGGCGGUGGAGAAGCUGGAGGUGGACGUGAUCCAGGAGCGCGGCCGCAACACUGUGCUGCAGCAGCAUCUGGAAACCCUGCGGCAGGCCCUCACCAGCAGCUUUGCCGGAGUCCCGUUGCCAGGAAGUGGCGAGACCCCUACAAUGGACAAUAUUGAUUCCUAUAUGAAUAGACUGCACAGUAUCAUUCUGGCAAACCCCCAGGAGAACGAGACCCUUAUAGCCACAGUCCGGGAGGUCGUAAACCGCCUCGAACGCUAGCGAGCUGUCUCCCUUUCCGGGACCUCUACCGUCAUCCUUGGUAGGGCUGAGAAGAAAAAGCUGCUGACAUCCGAAACGAUCGGUUUGGCUCCCUUCGUCAGAUUUCAGGUGCCGGGACUGGAUUUUCGGGCAUCGAUCUUCCAUAUUUGGGUGAAAUUGGACCGAGCACAUCAGUUCCACCGCAGCAGCCACACACUGGCUGUUCACACAAAGUAUUUCUGAUAUCGCGACGACGUAUAAUUUUCACAGCUGUAUUUACCUCCACAAGGACACUUUUAGCAUCGCAGUCGGUAAAUAAAAGGGAGGACAAAUCCGGUCUUCCCACAUUCCCGCCGGCAGUGAUCAUCCGCUCCUGUGUUCCAAGCAGAACUGAAGCGGCUCUACCCCACCCACCCCCUUUCCCCAGUUGAAAGCCCUACCCGGUGUUAUUUGUUCUAAACGCACAAGGCUAAGUUCCCGAUGCUGCAUCCCACGUUCGUAAUUUGCCUUUAUAAAAUCAAAUAGUUACUUUUAAUUCGGCGCGUUCACAUCCAUUUGCGCUCCAGGGAGCCAGGCAUCCUCCACCUUUGCGGGCCCGACCUUUCGGGAUAAUUGCGCAGUGCAAUUAAUUGCCUGCUUUCUCCCCCGUCAUGACUUAGCUGAAGCCGAAAGGUGGUUGCCCUUCCCAAGAGCAGCCAGACGGAACCGGACGCAGUUCUAAGACAGCCAGUCCUCCCGGCAGAACAGAGCAGCAGCGUCGACCUCGGCUAUCUGACGCAGGGGAACAGCUUGUGGACGCAGAACUGGGAUUUCCCCCCCCCCUCCCCAGACAACUCGUCCACCUCCUCAUUUUAAGAGAGCAUUUCUCUUAGCAUCACAAUAUGUUGUAAAAGAAAGACUGGGGGGGGGGAGUCUGCCCACUGAAGGGGUUGCAGGCUAUGAUAAUUGGCAGAGAGGUCUGUCUUCAGGCAGAUGCUAGAAGAACGCCUGAGCCAGAUGUUUCCCAUUUAACACCUCUUGCCCGCAAAAGCCCACUCGAAGCCUCAGAUGCCGAGGCAGGUAGCUGUACCUGUCAGCUGUUCGCUGUGACGAGAAGCCCCAGGGGAGACUCUUCAGAAUGCAAACAUAGCUCCUUCUGGGGGAAACUGGGUUUUGAAUUUGAACGCCUUUGCAGCAAAAGGAAUCAAAGCACCGACCCCACCCCCACCCCACCCCCACCUUGUCCCCAUUUCCACCUCCCUCUUCCUAUUUUUGUUUAAAAAAUGCUUGUUCUCAAUCAACUUUCACCCCACAGACGAGGCAAUUUAAAACGCCGAUCCCAGCCCAGCUUCAUUAUCCAAAUACGAACACCCGACUAAUGCUGAUUGCUCCCAGCACUUCUGGCUUAAUAAAUUACCCUUGACACUGGCUCGGCUAAUUCUCUUCCAGCAGGAGGAGGGCCAAGGACACGAACUGGUAGGGCGAGGCCACCUGCAGCCGGUAAGCAGGAGAGCUCCAGGCAGCUACCGAAGCAAGGGCACGUUCUCAGGAAUCUGGGUUUUGCUUCUCCGCUUUCCGUCAGAUGGCCCCUCCAGCGUCGCCGCGCUUCUUAACAUAUGGGUAGACAGAGCCCAGGCAUGCCGGGGAGGAAAACAAGUUACCAGCUAGACAUCGGGGAGAAACUGCUGAUCCCGUAUGCUAGCGACGCUUCGGAUCGAGGGACGGCUGCCAGCAUCGCCCCCCCCGGCACUGUCAUCUGUCCUCUUUGCCGGGGUGAUUGAAAACACAGUGACUUUUUAUUGGGGGGGGGGGUUAAGGCAGGGGGUCGUGGGUCACUUGAAGGCACCGUAUUGUUCUUUCCCCACUCACCCUUAACACGGGAGGGGGCACCGCGGUGUUCCAGCCAUUCCUUGGCUCUGGAUAUUUGCCAAUGGCAAAAAAAUAAAUCUACAUUUCAUUCCAGACCGUCACUCCGAUCGUUUGGUUAAUAUCAGCCACGCUAAAGAAUGUCAAUUCGGGGAGCCUUGCAUUGUAAGGUCCGCCCCCCCCCCCUUGAUAAGUCUCACCCAUUUGGGGGUUGGGGACCCCCAUUAGAUCUCGGCCUGCUCAAGGUGGGGCUUGCAUCUCUGAAACCCCCAUCCCGCACCACUAUCUCAUCUUCUCUGCGAGCUCCUUCCACCUCUUGAGCAAACAGCCAUUACCUUUGUGAGGAGACCGGGAGUUAUUGGGGGGGGGGGGGAAUAACACAGGACAGUCCUGGAAGGUUCCUAACCUUCCAGCUAUUACAAUUCCCAGCGGCCACCAUUUCCCGCCGGGGUUGAUGGGAAUUGUAGUUUCGUUGGGCUUCCGGCUUAGUUGAUAAAACUACAGUUUCUUUCAGCCCCCUACAAGAAAUAUAGUCUGGGGAAACUUACAGAUCCCAGUGGCCACCAUUUCCCGCCGGGGUUGAUGGGAAUUGUAGUUUCGUUGGGCUCCCGGCUUAGUUGAUAAACCUACCGUUUCCGUCAGCCCCCUGCAAGAAACGAUAAUCCGUGAAAACUCGGGAAAUGUAAAGGCUGGUUUGAGUGCUGAUUUUAAACAGAUGGGAUAUAAACAAGUUGAAAAGAGGGAGCUCUUCUAGGCCCGUCCUGUGUUUAAGGAGCCUUUCCCCCCCCCCUCGCAAAAUAAGGAUCGGGGGCUUAGGAAGAGUCAGAACAGUUAGCAAAAAAUACUCUGAUAUGAAGCUCGGCAGUGGUGCUUUCGAAAAGCGUUUUUCUUGGGUUGAACUAGGACAGGAUUUCCUCCAUCACUAACUAAUAUCCAACACCUCAACAGUUAGAUACCAAAGGGGAUUUUUGCAAUGCCGUCUAAGAAUGGCAGGCCUACGAGAGCCGUAGCAGCCUUCGGGGCCGCUCACACGGGACUUCUUUCACAUUCAUGACCGAGACCCUGCUUGUCGUCGUUUUGGUGACGGGAGUUGUACCACUGAUCAUUUUGCCUCUCUUGUGUUUUGUAAAACGAAGAAAAGCUGUGCUUCAUCACUGUCUCCAUCAGCAGAGCUCCGAGCCUGAUCACCUGGAGCUGUUUUUUGCCUUAAUGGCGUGUAACCCUUGGCGUUGUAUUUUAAUAAAUGUUUUCCAUUUCAGAGGACGGUUCGGUAGCAUGUUGUGACUCUAAAUAAACUUUCUGUACUGUUUUA